GGGGGGGAAGGUGAGGACUCGGGGGCGGAUACCGAGAAUGGGCGCCGCCCUGCGGCUCUGUGGAUCUGGGCGGUGGCCGUGCUGCUCGGAGCUCGGAGAGAGCUCCCGAUAGCUGACAGCCCAACUCUCGUUUUUACAGAUAAGGAAACUGUGACUCUAGGAGAGGAAGCGACCUCUCGGCAUUUUCUGCCACAGUGAGUGUAAGAAUCUGGAUCAUCCUGACUAGUUAGUGCUUCAUGGAAUGAAAUCAACUAGCUACAAAAUAACUCAUAUGUCUCAAGCCUUAUUUUCUCAUGAGGAAAAACAUUUCUCUACUGCAGGAGAGGUUAUUGGAUCCAACUAUGGUGAAAAAUGUUUCGAAAAGGCAAAAAGCGACACAGUAGUAGCAGUUCCCAAAGUAGUGAAAUCAGUACUAAGAGCAAGUCUGUAGACUCUAGUCUUGGUGGACUUUCAAGAUCAAGUACUGUAGCCAGCCUAGAUACAGACUCUACCAAAAGCUCAGGACAAAGCAACAGUAAUUCUGAUACCUGUGCAGAAUUUCGAAUAAAAUAUGUUGGUGCCAUUGAGAAACUGAAACUCAGUGAUGGGAAAAAUCUUGAAGGGCCACUGGAUCUGAUAAACUUCAUAGACGUGGCACAGCAAGAUGGAAAGUUACCAUUUGUUCCUCUGGAGGAGGAGUUUAUUAUGGGAGUUUCUAAAUACGGCAUUAAAGUAUCAACAUCAGAUCAAUAUGAUGUUUUACACAGACACGCUCUGUAUCUCAUCAUCCGCAUGGUGUGUUACGAUGACGGUCUAGGAGCGGGAAAAAGCUUACUGGCCUUGAAGACCACAGACGCGAGCUCCGAAGAAUGCAGUCUGUGGGUGUAUCAGUGUAACAGUCUGGAACAAGCACAAGCUAUUUGCAAAGUCUUAGCAACGGCUUUUGACUCUGUAUUAACAUCUGAGAAAUCAUGAAUUCCUGCUAGCGGGGAAGAGAACUUCCUUCAUGUGACAGAGCGUCACGGUUGCUACCCAUCAAGAACCCAGCAUUCUGGAGGAAACGGGACAUGAACUUUUUCUCCACUAAGGAAUAAAUCGUUGUUCUAGUUUUGUAAAGAAACAGCCAUUUAAAAAUAGUGGUCAUUUAACCCGGCCUGGGUAAAAUUUUCUAAGCUCCCCAAAGCACUUCUAAAACCUAGUUCAGCGUUAUGACUGUUGCUGAAGUGAUUAUACAAAGAAGCUCGCAUGCCAGGUUUUGCCCACCAAUAAGCUUAGCACCAGAAAGUGUUGUGUGUAAAAAUAUUUUAAUGUAUAAUAAACAUUGCAACCUA